GUAACUUAGGCUACCAGUUCAACAGCAAUGGAGCCUGUUGGUUUCCGGAGGGGCCUGGAUCGUCUGCUGGACUCCGGCGUUGGUGUUUACGUGGUAACUACUGACCGGGCUCCAUCAAUACGGAAGAUCAUGAGGGAGUCCUAUCCUGAGCUUAGGCAUCAAUUUGACCCAUGGCAUGUUGCAAAAGGUAUAAAGAAGAAGGCAACUGCAUUGGCAAGGAAGAAAGAAAACCGGGACCUGCAGCCAUGGAUCAAGUCUCUGGGCAAUCACUUCUGGUGGUCGUGCAGUUCUUGUGGUGGCGAUGAGAAGGAGUUGAAACACCGGUGGACCUCUAUCCUUUACCAUGUGUGUGGUAUCCACCGCUGGGAAGAAAAUGACCAGGAGUACAGAUGUCGCCACGAAGACAUCAGCGAGGAGCAACAACGACGAAAGAAAUGGCUGGAAAAGGGGUGUCCUGCCUGGAACGCUCUGAAGAGUGUUGUACUGGACAAAAAUCUUUUGAAAGACCUAAGUGAAAUGACUUUGUUCAAGCAUACAGGGGCCCUUGAAGUGUUACACAGCUCCAUGCUGAAGUACGCGGAGAAGAGGCGCCAUUUCACAUAUGUCACCAUGCAGGCAAGGCUCCAGCUGAGUAUAAUUGACCACAACCACAAUGUUGGCCGUCAGCAUGACCGUACUCAAUCUGGACAGGAAAAGUACAAUGUCAUUCACUCAAGGCAAUCAAACCAGUGGGUGGCAAGAAAGCUGUAUGAGCGAACAACGCAGGAGUUCCGGAAAGGAUUGGUGGAGCGGGUCAUUCGACGGCGGCUUGACAAGAAUGUCAGGCUUGGAGAUCCCGCUUUCCAUGUCCAUCCUCCUGUCAGCAUACCGGCCAACAUUGCUCCCACUCCAAAGCCAAACAAGGCUGAUUUGGUUGCAGAACAUGCAUCACGCUUUCCAACUAAACAUACAUACAUACAUCAACAUGAUACAGAUGUUGAUGUCUGA